GGCAGGCUGCGGAAGUGACGGACCGGGGUACAUAUGACGCAAGAGACGGAUUUGCUAGGGGUACUCUUUAUCAACGAUGCCUGUCCAGUUUACCUCUGGCAAAUUGGUCCUAUCUCAUCCCAAGGGGCCCGUUGUCGAAGUCCUUCUAUACGGCGCCAGUGUCAUCUCAUGGAAAUCCGGAACCAAAAGUAAACCAGAGCUAUCCGAACGUCUCUUCGUAUCGCAAAAGGCGGCCCUAGAUGGCAGCAAACCUGUUCGCGGAGGCAUCCCAGUAGUUUUCCCGUGUUUUGGAGCGCCAAUACACCCGGACCAUGCUCAUUUGAGUCAGCAUGGUUUCGCCAGAAAUUCAGUUUGGAGUUGGGAUGGUACAUUAACUGAUGAGGAGGAAUAUGUCUCUAUCAAGCUCACACUCCAACCAAUGGAAGCAAUCGCAGCAGUCUACAGCAAGCCAUUCCUGUUGACAUACGUGGUGACGCUGUCAGAAUUCGACUUAAAGACAGACCUUCACGUUCAGAAUACUUCUUCCUCCGACGAUAACUUGGAGUUCCAUGCACUAUUCCACAAUUACAUCCGGGCUCCCUCUGCCGACGUGAUUGUGGGACCACUUCAAGGGUUUACAUAUUACGACAAGACGGAACCAACAGAGGAAGGCAAAUCGACACCGAAAGUCGAAGCAAGGCCAGGCGUAGACGUCAAGAAAUUUACAGACUCUGUGUAUGAGAACACGAAUGGAAAGUACGAGGUGACAUGGUCUGGCGGUGGGUUAGACAUAACUGCAAAGAACCUCAAGGAUGUGGUGGUCUGGAAUCCUCAGGAAGCUGGCCGAAAAAUUGGUGACAUGGAAGAAAAUGGAUGGGAAAACUUUGUUUGUGUUGAGCCGGGAUAUGUUCGAGGAUUUGUUAAUUUGGAGCCGGGUGGAUCGUGGACUGGCGGGCAAACACUGAGUGUCAUACACGAAGAGCGGCGUUUGACAAAUUUGUGAAUUUGAAAUCUGUAUAAUAAUACUAGCGAUGACGUCAUCUAAACUUGCUUUCCUUGUU